CGACAAGAAAAGCAUAAGCUUGAGGACAUAUCAGCACACACCUUAAUGACAGAAUGCCAUAAAUACACUGACGGCACCAACCUAUAAGAGACUGUUAACUGAAACUGUUAGUCAAUAUAAAUAAAUAAAUAGUACUCAGCUAUGUAUAUAUAUAUUUACAUUCUUCUUAAUAAAGCUCAUUGUUGCUUUUGAUAAAGCCAUUACACUUCUCAAAGUCGUCUGAUUGAUACGUUUUAUUGAGCACUCUGACAAUUAAUUAUACAGUUGAACAGAUUCUCUUCAACGCCUGCUGCAUUUACACCAUAAGUGAAUUCGUGUUUUGAUUUUCGUCACUGUUUCUUCGUGUAGAAGGGCAAGACAAAGUAUACAUCAACUGUAAAGAACAAUGACUGAUACAGAAAUGUUAAUUCGAUUGUUCUACAAACUCGAUACCAGUGGUGACGGUUCUGUUUCACGAAAGGAACUGUUCGAAGGACUACAGAGGGCUGGAGUUUCACCGACUAUUUUACAGAGACUUAUGGAACGUCUUGAUUUAAAUGGGGAUGGAGUAAUCACACUCUGCGAAUAUAAAACAGCCAUCGGGGCAAAUAAAUAAUGAGAAGCCUAUGUACUUUUCUCUAUGUAUAAUUUACGUGAAAUUCACACAAGCAGCAUUGACAUUCCUGAGAUUUUAUAAAGGUGUUUUUAUGCUGUUCUUUUGGCUAGCUCAUUAGAUUUAUUCACAGAAAGUUGGUGCUCAUUAAUUUUAUCGCUGUAUAAUAACUUACUUAAUUUAUAGUCAUUAUCUUUUCUAGCAAAUAUCUUUGAAUUAUA